UUUCUUUCCACGCUAAAAAUUUCUCCGAUAACAGAGGCAAUAGAGGCUCAGUCAGGUUGUUGUUCACCACUCGCGUGCCGCCGACUGUUGAAUUCAACCCAUCCGUGUGUUCCUGGAAGGAUUUACACAAUCGAAUAACAACAACUUUACGCAAAGAUCCAAACCAUCUUUCAGUUACCGGUAACUCACGUUACCAACAACCAUUACAGUCAAAAUGGGCAAGAUCACCAAGUUCGGCGACGAGGGCGAGGAGGUUACCAUGAAGGAGACCCCGACUUCUCACCAGCCGGAGGCUCAGGAUGAUGUCUCUAUGGCCGAUGCGGGCGAGGAAGGAGAGGAGGGAGAUGAGGAGUAUGAGGAGGGAGAGGGUACUAAAGUUAGACUUCUUCCUGGUUCUACGCCCACGGCCGCUUCUUUCGAGUUCCUUGAUGAGAACCAUACCCUUGGUAACGCGCUCAGAUACGUCAUCAUGAAGAACCCUGAUGUCGAAUUCUGCGCCUACGCCAUUCCUCAUCCCUCCGAAGCCAAAAUGAACGUUAGAAUUCAGACCUAUGAGGGCACAACUGCUGUCGAGGCACUCCGCAAGGGUCUGCGUGACAUUCAAGAUCUUUGCGACGUCGUUUCGGAUAAGUUCCUUGAGGCGCGCAAGGACUUUACUGAUAAGAAGGCCGCUGCGUCUGCCUAAGCCUCUUGUUUCUCACCUUUCUUUUCAUCGUUAAUUUUCACCAGCAUGGGUAACGGCGUUUUGGGGCUUGAAUUGGUAGUAAAUCACAAGGGGGAACAAAAAAUAGACAAAGGAAAACUCGCUUUGCGACCCUAGAUGAAAGAAGAGUAUUGUGAGCUACCCGCACAAUGAAGUGGCCAUCAUCAAAGACAAAAGAGCUGCAUGUAUAGGCUUACCUGCAGGAAGCCAUCGAUAAAGC